UUUGAGGCGAUGUUCCCCGGUCUCCUCGCCUGAUUGGAUCGGCGGGAGAUGAUGUCAGACGACCGCAUGCGCCCCGGAUUGGAGAAAGCGGAGUAAACAAAGCCGCGAGGAGGAGGCGGAGGAGAGGUCUCCACAUCUCCAGACAGUCCGACCGACACACCGAAAUCCGACUUUACGCACAGGAGAGGGCGGCCCCGGCGGCGCGUACUUGUCUGCUAAAGGCUGAAAGUUAACACUGACAGUCCCACUUUAAUGGGUGACGCGCUAAAAAGACUUUUGGAAAAGCUAAAGGGAAACUUAUCAUCGUCUUUUACUCCGGACGCUGUGCAGUUUUUCUCGUUUGAGUAAGAGACUGAUUCCCUAACUCAAAGCACAACUGCUCCUUAAUAAGUACCGAAGGAAUCACUCGCCUGUGUUCCGCUUUAUCAUUGCGGUCUCUCUCUUUUUUUGCGCAAAUGCAGUUUUGAGAAAUUAAAUCAGUGAAGUUGAAUCAGAGCAGACACACACCGGCUAUGCAACCCGGCCGUUUGGAGACAGUCUGAGUCGUUUUGAAUCAGGCUUCGUACUCAGAGCAUGGUCCGAUAAUUGGAAGAUAGACAGAGCCACAGAAAGUGAGAAAUAGACAGCCUAAAAAAGAAAAGACAUUUGGGUCACUCUGAGGUGUGUUUGGGAACGUGUGCCUCUCACGUCCAGGUGUCCCGCCGAGCGGUGCGGAGUAUCCAGCUCAGGCCGGCAGCGCUGACAUGCUGCCCAAAGUCGAGACUGAAUCCCUGGGACUCUCUCGAUCGUAUGGGGAACAGGGGCACAUGCCAAGGAACAUGCAAGCUCCCCAGUUAAAAAUGAUGGACUACUCUUAUGACGAAGACCUGGACGAGAUGUGCCCCGUGUGCGGAGACAAAGUUUCUGGGUAUCACUACGGACUCCUGACCUGCGAGAGCUGCAAGGGCUUCUUCAAGCGCACCGUCCAGAACAACAAGCGUUACACAUGUAUAGAGAACCAGAGCUGCCAGAUUGACAAGACCCAGAGGAAGCGUUGCCCAUACUGCCGCUUCCAAAAGUGCCUCACCGUCGGCAUGAAGCUAGAAGCUGUCCGAGCGGACCGCAUGCGUGGCGGUCGCAACAAGUUCGGCCCAAUGUACAAACGUGACCGGGCCCUCAAGCAGCAAAAGAAGGCACUGAUCCGAGCUAAUGGCUUGAAGAUCGAGGCCAUGAGUCAGGUGAUGCAGGCCGUGCCCACCGACCUCACCAUCACCUCAGCCAUCCAGAAUAUCCACUCGGCCGCCUCCAAGGGCCUCCCACUGAGCCACCACGCUGGCCACCACACUGGUCACCACCACCACCACCACCACCAUCACGCCACCGCCCUGCCCCCCACAGACUACGACCGCAGCCCAUUUGUCACUUCGCCAGUCAGCAUGGCGAUGCCGCCGCACGCCGGCAGCCUACAGGGCUACCAGGCGGCCUACGGACACUUCCAGGGCACGCGCACCAUCAAGUCAGAGUACCCAGACCCGUACACCAGCUCGCCAGAGUCCAUCAUGGGCUACGCCUACGUAGAUGCCUACCAGUCGGGCUCACCGCCCAGCUUCCCCCACCUGAUUGUAGAGCUGUUAAAGUGUGAGCCGGACGAGCCACAGGUGCAGGCCAAGAUCCUGGCCUACCUGCAGCAGGAGCAGGCCAGCCGAGGCAAGCAUGAGAAGCUCAACACCUUUGGCCUUAUGUGCAAGAUGGCCGACCAGACGCUCUUCUCCAUUGUGGAGUGGGCACGCAGCAGCAUCUUCUUCCGUGAACUCAAGGUGGAUGACCAGAUGAAGUUGCUGCAGAACUGCUGGAGUGAACUCCUCAUCCUUGACCACGUCUUCCGGCAGGUGGUGCAUGCCAAGGAGGGCUCCAUCCUACUGGUCACUGGCCAGCAGGUGGACUAUGCAGUGAUUGCGUCACAGGCGGGGGCCACCCUCAACAACCUGUUGAGCCACGCCCAGGAGCUGGUGGCCAAAUUGCGCUCCCUGCAGCUGGACCAACGGGAGUUUGUCUGCCUCAAGUUCCUAGUCCUCUUCAGCCUGGAUGUGAAGAACCUGGAGAACUUCCAUCUCGUAGAAAGUGUCCAGGAGCAGGUCAACGCAGCGCUGCUGGACUACGUCAUGUGUAACUACCCACAGCAAACGGACAAGUUUGGCCAGCUGCUCCUGCGGCUGCCAGAGAUCCGAGCCAUCAGCCUGCAGGCCGAAGAAUACCUUUACUACAAACACCUGAAUGGCGACGUGCCCUGCAACAACCUCCUCAUUGAAAUGCUACAUGCCAAGAGAGCUUAGGAGAGGGACAGUGCCACCCAUAAUACAGCUGUGCGGACAUCUUGAGAGUUUUGCUGCAGCCCAAAAAACUCCAAAUAAUGCUUUCACCAAACUGAACCUCCAGCUCAGACUUGACUGCGUGAUGACCUGGAGGACGGAGAGCAGAGAGUGUUAGAAACUCUUGUUUAUACUGAACUUACACUGAUGUUCAAGCUACAACUUGAAGUACAGAUUUUCAACAAACACACAUGCACAGAGACUGAUAAUGUGCAGAAAAACAGCAAAUGGAUCCCUUUAUUCUUAAAAAAAAAACAACAAAAAAAACAUAAGUCUGAAAGAAGAGCCGCUUCUCCUAAACCACACAGAAAAAGACAAUGUUGAAAGGAAAAAAGAAGAACACUUGAAACAAACACUGCAUUGAACACUACGAGAUGGUAUCUAAUCGUCUGCACGAGUACAGACUAUCAAGACUGGCAGGCUGCAACUUAAAGAAUUAACAACCCUUGAGUGUUUUAGCACUGGUGACACUGUGAGAGGCUUUUUGUGCUGAGAAAGGAAGCUGAGUAACACCGCCCAUCUUUCAGACAGCUUUGUGACUAGGGUCUGUGGCUGAUUUCGGUCACUGAUCCUCCAAUGUGCUCACUGAAACCGGCUUUUAGCUGUCGUUGGUACUGUAAAGACAAACUGGGCCAGAGACUCUUACCUACCAUCACGUUUGUUUUUUUUGCCACGGCAGCUCGACCUGACUGAAAAGGGGAGAACUGACGGUUAAAAAAUGGGUCUAAAAACUGAACAUUCUUUAAUGAACAAAAUGAUAAAUAGGCCAAUAAGAAGAAAAGUUUUUUUUUUUCCUCUUGUAAUGGAAGUCAUUUACUCCUCAUGGUCACCUUGUGGUUCCCCUUUCUUAUUCCCCAAAUCAUCUUAAACUAUGUACCUCAGAAAGACCAGUGUUAAAUACAUUCAAUUAAUAAUGUCAGCUGAAACAAUUGUAUUUAUAGCCCCUUUUUUCCUGCAAAAAACACACCCUCCCUUUUAAUUAUUUCAUUAAAACUGGAACAAAACGAUGUGUGAUUCUGGAGACGGAGAAGGAACGACCCUGCCUUUGUCCGGAAAGACCAAAGCCUGCUGCAGAACACAAGAAGGAAAUUACAAAUACCUUAAUAAUCAGUAUUAUAAAAGAAAAAAAAGAUUUGUGAUGUCACAGUUAUGUGAGUCUUGCCUUAUUUCAUUACCAUGCUAGCUAACCGUGCAGAUGUGAAUGAAAAUAUGUACAAAUAUAUAUAUAAAGUAUUAAUGUUGUAAAAAAUUUAAAAAAGAAUAAUUCAACAGGUGUUUACAUUCAUGUGGUCAUAUGGGAGAGAACUGUGAUGAAGCAUAAAUUGCAAAGCAAUGAUUUCCUAAAAAAUGAAAUCAACUAAAUGAAAAAAAGGAUCCCUCUGGUUUGCUUUCUUUGAUGUGUGUACAGUGUUUUAUUUUUUAUUUUUGUUUUAAGCAGUACUUAAAUUAUGUCGUGAGACACUAAAAUCAAAAAGGAAUCACACUUAAAAUAUUAAUUUCUAUCUGUGUCUGCUGGCAUUCAAACAUUUGUUUCUUAAAUGUUGCUGUGUAAAGGUUCCAUUUCACGUUCAACCUUUUUUGUAGACUUUUUUUUUUUUUUUUUUUUAACAGUGCUUUUACCUUUUUGAUGUACAGUAUGUCACUGGUUACGCUUAAUAAUGAAGAUAAUUUAUUGCGUCUCUGGGUUUCCAUCUUCGUGUUACAUGACGUGAGGUGUCCGCGCCAGAAUAAAUUUGUUUACUGUC